GCUUUCUCUUUCAAUGCAACUGUCCCAUGCAUUUCCUUGGCUCUAUGCUUCUCUCUCUCUCUCUCUCUCUCUCUCUCUCUCUCUCAUGACCUGUUCUAUAUAUGUCGAUGCAGGGGUUCUGUUUUAGUGGGGAUAAGUUAAAGCUCUCUGUUUCUGGGUGUAUGUAUCAAAGUUGCAGAGAAGAGGAGGGUCUUGUUGUGGCUACUUUAAGAAGGUGAUGAAUACGUUCAGACUGAUAACAGGUAUACCAGGCCCAAGUGGGUUUGGAUCAGCUUCAACUGCUGAACAGGUCACUGAAGGGAUUGAUGCUACCAACCUCACUGCUAUUAUUACUGGAGGGGCUAGUGGGAUUGGGUUAGAGACAGCCAGAGUUUUAGCUCUUCACAAAGCUCAUGUUGUUAUUGCAGCAAGGAACAUGGAGGCUGCAAAUCAAGCAAAACAGCUCAUCCUUAAGGACAACGAUACUGCUCGUAUUGAUGUUAUGAAACUUGACCUUUCCUCCAUUAAGUCAAUUAAGGCUUUUGCUGAUAACUUUAAUGCUCUUAACAUUCCCCUCAACAUCCUGAUAAACAAUGCUGGUGUAAUGUUCUGCCCCUUCCAGCUUUCAGAAGAUGGAAUAGAGAUGCAAUUUGCGACAAAUCACCUCGGUCAUUUCUACGUGACGAACCUUCUCCUUGACAAAAUGAAGGAUACAGCAAAAGCUACUGGAAUUGAGGGAAGGAUAGUGAACUUGUCAUCAGUAGCCCACCUUCACACUUACGGAGGAGGGAUAAGAUUCGAUAACAUCAAUGAUCAAAGGAGUUAUUCAGACAAGAAGGCGUAUGGACAAUCCAAAUUAGCAAACAUAUUACAUGCCAGUGAGCUCUCUCGACGUUUACAGGUGGUUCUUGUGCUUCUGUUUUCAAGUCGGCUGUUUUACAAAUGGAAAACUUAGAAAUUUAACAUUUGACGAAACAUGAUGCUGAGAAAAUAUUGCCUGGUUUAUAUGAAUGAUAUGACCUCUGCCAUUCAUUUUCUUUACUCCAUUAAGCAACAAAUGACUUCUUCCUGAAUCUCAACAUUCUAUUUGGGAAGUCUAUUAGCGACUCGUUGAAAUCAUUUGUUCUGACAAUUAUAUUACUGUGUCGGUCACAAAUAUUUAUACUUCUCCUUGUUUAUCACGGCAUUGAUUUGUUGUCGGAAAUCAUUUUAGUUGGGUACCUAAAUAAACCACUGUUUUUGAAAUUUCUUGCUCCUUGGUCUUUAUUGGGAAUUGAUGCAUAUACCAAACCAAAAACAUGUUCUUCCAUUAAGAUUUGCCACAAUGAUUUUCUGGUAUACAAGUUAAACUGAUGUGUUAUUAGCAAAGGGGUUCAAGCCAUUUUUUCAAGGGAGAAGUAGUUAGCAAAGAAGCCAAACAUUGGGGUUGUUUCAGUAAUAACUUUUGAGUCACAUACUUGUACUUAACUUUUUAAAAUUUUCUAUGCUUCCAUUUUGUUAUUAUGCUGCUUCACUUGAAAUGCAGGAAGAGGGAGCAAAUAUUACAGUCAACUCUGUGCAUCCUGGUUUGAUAAUGACAAAUCUCAUGAGACAUUCUGCUGUUCUAAUGAGAAUUUUGAAGGUAUUUACUUGUAUCCUAUGGAAAGACAUCCCUCAGGGUGCAGCCACGACAUGCUAUGUCGCCCUCAACCCCAAAUUGAAACGUGUGACUGGAAAGUAUUUCCUGGACUGCAAUGAGUAUAAACCUAGCACGUUUGCUAGAGAUGAAAUUUUGGCAAAGAAACUGUGGGAUUUCAGCAACAAGUUGGUUAACUCAGCUCAAAACACUUGAAACAUCUUUUUCACUAAGACUAAAGUCCAGGAUCUUUUGUUUGUAUGUACAAUGAACUAGUGUACAAUGCAGCAGGCCUAAUGUUCAAUUCUGUUUUGCUUCCACUCCCCCCCCCCCCCC